GUUUUGAAUAAAAGCGUGGCUCCUUUCGAACCGAUUGUCAUUCGACGCAAAAAGUUCACACACAAAACAUGGAUAUUUCCUUAAAACUAUUGCUCCUCUGUUUGACGGCCGCAGUGGCCGUUGAAUCCACGGCCGCCACAGAACAACAAGGACGUAUUGUUUGUUAUUUCACUGACUGGUCCAUAUAUCGCCCUGGUCUGGGAAGUUAUGGAGUCGAAAAUAUACCCGCUGAUUUGUGUACACAUCUGAUUUACACAUUUAUUGGGGUGAAUGCCACUAGUUGGGAAGUGAUGAUACUUGAUUCCUGGAUAGAUGUGGACAAAGGUACCUUCCUAAAAUUCACCGAACUUCGCCAGACAUAUCCCAAUCUUACGAUGCAAAUAGCUGUUGGUGGAUGGAAUGAGGGUGGUUUGAAAUACUCGCAAAUGGUGGCAGUAGCAGAAAGACGACAGAGUUUCAUAAGCAGUCUUGUGAAGUUCAUGAAAGAGUACGGUUUUCAAGGUUUCGACUUGGAUUGGGAGUAUCCGGGCGAUAAAGAUCGGAAUGGGACUUCUGCCGAUAAGAAAAAUGUCGGAAUUUUUGUGCAGGAGUUGCGAGAAGCCUUCGAUAACGAGGAUUCAAAUUGGGAAAUAACAAUGGCUGUGCCGAUCGUGAAGUCAAAACUCAAGAAGGGAUAUCCCAUAAAAAAGUUAUGCGAGGUGCUGGAUGCCAUACAUGUGAUGACAUAUGACCUACGCAUAGCCGCAGAUGGCUUUGCUGAUGUACAUAGUCCACUCUAUCGACGUGAUCACGAUAAAGGAAAAUAUAAGAAAUUGAAUGUGCAUGACGGUCUUGCUCUUUGGGAGAAAUUGGGUUGUCCCGCAAAUAAGUUAGUUGUUGGUGUGCCAUUCUAUGGACGUACUUUCACACUCAACAACGACGACGAAAACUACAGCAUGGGCACCCCCAUCAACACAAAGGUAGGCGGUGGCGACCCAGGAGUUUACACUAGAGAAAGGGGAUUCCUCGCUUAUUAUGAAAUCUGCGCCGCUGUACAGAAUGCUUGCAAUGGAUGGACCGUCAAAUGGGAUGAUCAAGGAAUGGUGCCCUACACAUACAAAGAUACGCAGUGGGUGGGCUACGAGAAUGAGAAAUCGGUGCAAAUUAAAAUGGACUUUAUCAAGGAAAAGGGUUAUGCGGGAGCUAUGACAUGGGCUAUUGAUAUGGACGACUUCAAUGGGUUGUGUGGGGAGAAGAAUGCACUAUUGCACAUUCUCCAUAAUAACAUGAACAAUUAUACCGUACCACAGCCUGCGGCUAAAUAAAUUGUUACGAAAUGUUUAAAGAAUAUAGGAAAUGAAUUUCCGUACUACUACAUUUUUAAUCCAUCCAGAUAUAAUAGUCGCGUUGUAACAUAUAAUAAACCGGAUAAUAAACCUUUUAGCAUAAGG